AUUUAACCGGUUCAACAGCUAAGAAUAGAAUCGGUGGGGAAUCGCCGAUUCUUUCUGCAGCUUCACUCCGUAUUUUCAGCGCCUCAUGAGUCGCGAACUCAACCUGGAGCUGAGCAGCUGUGCGAGCCGGGAGGAAGCUCGUCGUGUCCCGGGUUAUAACCCACGUUUAUAAAGUGGGGAUUUGUUUGAACCGCGGUUUCAGUGGAUUACAGCAGCAAAGCUUUAUCACACACAACAUCUCUGGAAAGAAAAGACCCUCUGAAGAUUGCGCCAUAAAUGUAUCAAGAACUUGGAUCCCAGUAUGAAAAAGGCGAGCAGGCCCACAGGUGCCUCCAGCAAAACCACCGCAGCCCCUAAACCCACAAGCAAAGUGGAGCCUAGUGGCAGUAUGGGCACUGGAGGAAAGAGCACCACCAAGAACCAAAACUCAGCCAUUCUCUCUAAGACAAAGAGCAAUGAUGACCUUGCAACAAUGAGCGGAGGAAGUGGAGGAGCCUCAGUGGGCAGCAACAGCACCACUACCACAAGAAGCAAGAGGAGCACCAGCUCCACUCAGAACAACACUGAGACAAAGACCAAGACCAACUCGGGUUCCUCAGGAAGGCGUGGAAUGUCCUCUGGAGUAAAGGAACCUGGAGUGACACGUGAAAAAACCAGCACUACCAAAAAGCAAGCUGGACCCUCUAACUCUGUGGCUUCGAAGCGCUCUCGCUGUCGCACAUCAACUGAGUCUGAUACACAGACGAGCAAAUUGCGCUAUGAUAUCAGCAAUAAAGCAAUGCUGGAGUCAAGGGUAAAGGACUUGUUGGGCUUGGCCAAAAGCAAAGACCUUGAGAUCCUGCACUUGCGUUCUGAGUUGCGUGGAAUGAGGGCUCAGCUUGGCCUUGAGGACCAGGAAGCCCCUGACCAAGAUGAGCAGUGUGAGGCUGAACUGCCACAGGAGAGGGAAGUUGUAUCUGGGAUAAGCGCUGCUGAUGUGGAGUCGACCCUGCUGUUACUGCAGGAUCAGAACCAUGGCAUUCGAGGGGAGCUCAACUUGCUGAAGAGUGAGAACCGAAUGUUAAAGGACAGACUAAAUGCUCUAGGAUUCUCACUAGAGCAGCGUCUGGACAGUCCUGAGAAAGGACUGCGCUGUGCCUCUCUCAGUCCUGAGCCAACAACCAGCGGUGGAGGCAGUAGCAGUGGUGGGGAUGGAGGGACACGAACCUCCUCAACUGAGGGUUCAGCCAGGGGUUCAACUGAGGAUCUUCUGUCAGAAGCAAGGCGAGUAGGGUCUCCAGAUGUUCCAGACAGUGAGUGCAGUGAGCCUUGCCAGGCUGUGAUGUCCAGUGAUGAUGCCUUGGAUGCACCAUCUGGUUGUGGUUCUUCUUCAGAGUCAGAAGGUGGCUCACCGGGCAGAAGGCGGUCACGCAGAGGAAGUAGUGGCAAUGCUAGUGAGGUCUCUGUGGCCUGUCUGACUGAGCGCAUCCACCAGAUGGAGGAAAGCCAACACAGUACUUCAGAAGAGUUACAGGCCACACUGCAGGAGCUUGCAGAUCUUCAACAGAUUGCACAGGAGUUGAGUGCAGAGAAUGAACGCCUGGGCGAAGAGCGUGCCAUCUUGGUAGACUCACUGCGCCAGCAAGGUGAGCGGCUGGAACUCUACAGCCGACAACUGGACUACUUGCGUGGCCUGCUGGAUGAGCACCGUGUAGCUUAUGCCAAAGACGAUGAGGAUGCCAAGAGCAGUCGAUUCAUGGAGCUGGAGAGGCGCUACACUGAGUUAAAUGAGAACUCGCGGCUUGAGAGAGAGCAGCUUCUUGGUGUGCAGCAGCAGCUGAGCAGUGCACUGAAGAUGGCAGAGCAGGAGAAUGCUGAGGCGCAGGGCCUAAUGGGAGCUUUGAAAGAACGUGUGCACCUGGCUGAAAGGGCUGCCGAGCUAGAACGAAGAGAACGUGAAGCCACUGCUGUUGAGCUUGAUGCCAUGAGGAUGCAGUCCGAGGAUGAGCAGACUGAACUAGCUCGCUGUCGGCUCCAGCUGGAACAGGAGAGACAGAGAGUCGCCCAACUCCUCUCCAUCCAGGGUGGCGGGGACAAGACUGACAUACGCCACCUGCUGGACGGUGAAAGAUUAGACAAAGAGCGAGCUGAAAGCAAAGCAGCAGAGCUGCAGGAGGAACUGGGGCACACUCGCAAUGAGGCAGCUCAGCUUCAGGAUGCAGUUAGAAAGCUGGAAUCAGAUUUCCAGUCUUUCCGGGAUGAUGUGCAAAAACAACUAACGGAGCAGAAGCGUGUUCUGGCGCAGCAGUGCUCCGAGCUGGAGGAGAAGGACACUGAGAUUGCCGACAUGAAAGAAACCAUCUUCGAGCUGGAGGACGAGGUGGAGCAGCAUCGAGCUGUCAAACUCCACGACAACCUCAUCAUCUCUGAUCUGGAGAAUUCUAUUAAAAAACUUCAUGAUCAAAAAUAUGACAUGGAAAAAGAGAUCAAAACACUUCACCGUAAACUGCGGGAGGAGUCAGCAGAGUGGAGACAGUUCCAGGCCGAUCUCCAGACUGCUGUGGUCAUUGCCAACGACAUUAAAUCUGAGGCUCAGGAGGAGAUCGGUGACCUGCGGCGCCGCCUACAGGAAGCUCAGGAGAAGAACGAAAAAAUAAGCAAAGAGUUGGACGAGCUCAAGAGCAAGAAGCAGGAUGAGGAACGUGGGCGUGUCUAUAAUUACAUGAACGCAGUAGAGAGAGACCUGGCUGCACUGAGACAGGGCAUGGGCCUCAGCCGCCGUUCCUCCACAUCAUCAGAGCCCUCACCCACAGUCAAAACCCUCAUUAAGAGCUUCGACAGCGCCUCCCAAGGCCCUAUUCCCACCAGUCCAGCAUCCUCUGUUCCGGCUGUAGUCGCUGCUGCUAUUUCUCGAACUCCACUCAGCCCAAGUCCAAUGAAAACCCCCCCAGCUGCUGCUGUGUCCCCCAUUCAGAGACACACAAUCAGCACACCCAAAGCCCUCUCCUCACUGGUAGAUAAGAGGGGCAGCUACCCGGAGCUCAGUAUGCCGGUUUCUCGCAGGAGCAGUGAGGAGCUAAAGAGGGACCUGUCAGUCACUGAUUCACCAAACCCUGCUUCAAUCAUCACGUUAGGCUCCGCCUCCCCCCAGCUGUCUCUGUCGUCAAACUCCUCCUCCCCCACUGCUUCAGUCACGCCCACUACACGUGGCCGUCUGCGAGAGGAGAGAAAGGACCCCCUCGCAGCUCUGGCCAGAGAAUACGGAGGAUCGAAGAGAAACGCUCUCCUCAGGUGGUGUCAGAAGAAAACGGAAGGUUAUCAGAAUAUAGACAUCACUAAUUUUAGCAGCAGUUGGAAUGAUGGUCUGGCUUUCUGCGCUGUGCUGCACACGUACCUGCCAGCUCAUAUCCCUUACCAGGAGCUCAACAGCCAGGACAAGAGGAGAAAUUUCACGUUGGCCUUCCAGGCAGCAGAAAGCGUGGGCAUUAAAUCUACACUCGACAUCAGUGAGAUGGUCCACACGGAGAGACCUGAUUGGCAGAGUGUGAUGACGUACGUCACCUCCAUCUAUAAAUAUUUCGAAACCUGACUCAGAACCCCACUAAAGUGCUAAAGUGCUAUGUUACACAGACACCUUGUCACACUCGAGCUGAAAGGACUUCUUUUCAGUCACAGCUAUGCAGGUCUUCUCGUUAUGUCACUCAUUAUAAGCUACUAUUCCUCUUUAAUCGGGCAGCGCGGUGUAGCUUCUUUAUUUAAUGGCAGGCCAUAACUAUAAUGCAGUUGGUAUUAUAAUUAUAAUCACUCGUAAUGUGUGCCGGUUAAAUGCCUAACAGCGGAGUGGUAUUUUAACGAGCCUCACACCUUCUCGGUCUCGGCUUUUGUGUGUUAAUGUGAAUGAGUUUCAGCCGAGUCGAACUGAAAAGACUGAAACUCCGAGCUGGUUUAUGCUUUUAUUUAAGCUCCACUCAUGAUCACUCUCUCACUUGGUGCCUAAGAAGUGCUGAAUGCAUUGUUAUGGAGAUGACCAGGCCACGUUCUGCAGCAUGUUCCUUUUGGGACUGCUUAAAAAAAAGCACAUGAUAGGAUUGUAUGCUGAAGUAAAAUGUGAAUUUGUUCCACACUUGUGUAGAAGAUUUCUAAGCUCAGAUAUCUGCUCGCGCUGACGUUGUCGCUGCACUGCGUUAAAUACUGUAUUAUAAAGAAAUCAUUUCUAACCAAUUUGUGUUUUGCCGUAUUAGAAAUCUUUUAAUUAAGAGAUUUAUUGCCUUUACCACCCACACAUUUUACUGGAUAUUAAAGAAUUUAAAGUGCAUUUUUUUCCUGACAUGUUGCAUAACUUAAAUACAUAAAGAGGCACAAUCUGUACUUUAUUCAUUAAGAGAGUGCCUUAAGUGAAAGUGUUUGCGGUUUGUUUUUGUUACCCCCCCCCUCCCCCCAAAAGCUGCUGUUAUGGUAAACAUCGUCCCAUUUCAUCACGAAUUUUCGUUUAUGAUCAGCUGCUGUUUAGACCAUCGUCAUCGUCAAUUUGGCCAGUUAAACAGCUGCUGAAAAAUAAGGUCAUGUAAAAUAAAAGGUUUUAUUUUUUUUAAAUGAUCUGUAAUCAUUAAAAAAGUCAUGUCUGUUAGGUUUUCAAAUAUUUCUUCGUGUCAGAAUUUUUAUGUCUUGCAGUGGAUGAUGUUUAGAUUGUAUUGUGUGUGUGUGUGUGUGUAUAUAUAUAUAUAACUCCAUUCACUCAUCCUUUCAAGUCAAAAAGCUUCUUCUAAGUGUUUACUUGACCAAGUUUUCUUCAUUUCAAAAGGAUGAUGUUGGCUGUAUUAUUUUUUGUCAUCAACACCAGUUACAGAAUUUCUAUGUGAACAACUUUUUUUUUUUUAAACAUUCCUGGACGUUUGAGUCUAAUACCAAUAAAUCAUUAGUCUGA